AUGGCUGAUGAGCAAGAGAGAUUACUACCAAUCGCGAACGUGGGCCGUAUAAUGAAGCAAAUCCUGCCGCCGAGCGCCAAGAUCUCCAAGGAAGCCAAGCAGACAAUCCAAGAGUGCGCAACGGAGUUCAUAAACUUUGUGACGGGCGAGGCAUUAGACAGGUGUCACAAGGAGAAUCGCAAGACAGUGAACGGGGACGACAUCUGUUGGGCUCUGAGCAAUCUAGGGUUUGACAACUAUGCUGAGGCAAUGGCCAGGUACUUGCACAAACAUAGGGAGUAUGAAAGAGAGAGAUAUAGGAACAACAACAACAACAUCGACAACAACAAUCAAACCCUAGCUACUACAAGUGGAGACUAUAAGGAUUCUGAAGAGCUACACUUCAGAAUUGAAGAGCAACAAGUAAGGCAAGUUGAAAACGGCCAAAGUCUUGCUCCAUUAGAGUUCCAAUUCAUUGACAAGGGCAAGGGUUCCACAUCUGAGCCAGCUUGA